GCCUGUGUGUUCAAGUUGCGAGUUCGUAGCGAGAUUUCUGUAUGUUCGAUGAUGCAUUACCAUUAGACAUGUAUCUUGUUUUCUUGUGGAACGAUGCAUCUAAACGUUUCAUUUGUUCACUGCCAGUGGUGGUUUGUUUAGCGUUCUGCUCGUCGUAAAUUUCAUCAACUAUAAAUAACUCGUAACAUCUCUCCAGGUUUCAAGCACUCGAUAUUCAUUACUAAGAACUGCAUUAGAAAUAAGAGUGAAAUGCAUCAGUUCUCAAACUUUGCAAUGAUGUGUCAUCAAUUUUUCGAAAAUAGGGAAAUAGGUUUUCGAACUUGAUCGUCUUCUAAAACUGGAUUUAUUUAAACCAGAUGUCAAUGUGUCAUACCAUAUUGGAACACACUAAUAAAAGAUCAUUAGUUCGGGAAUCUAGAUGACACAAAAUACCAAGUUUGAUCUAGAUGAAACCAAGAACGUGACACACUAUAUCAGUAUCCGAUUUGACCAAAUUCAAUCGCAUGCCAAGUUCGAGCAUUUUACUUAAAAAGCAACGUGAUCCCUCUAUGCUGUGUCUUGCGAUCGCAGAGCAACGACCCGAUCUUUUGAAUUCGCGUGGGACCCGGGAGUCGGUGCGUGCGAAAAUACAUUGCAGAUUACCACUCCCGCUUAAUGAUGAUUCACUGAGGAAGGAAUUUUAUUUUGGUGUAUGAAUUGCUUGAUGAAGUCAUUGAUUUUCGAAAACCCGCAAACAACCUCUACUGAGGUUCUGAAGUCGUACAUAUUCAAUGAACCCAUUAUGGUUGAUGCUGGAAGGCUGCCACCACUUGGUCCUGCUGCUAUGUUCAUGGGCUAUAUACUUACAUCUGAGAUUGACGGAACAAUUCAAAUGAAAAGUUACCUCACCGAUAAUCCAGAAAUCCGUUUUGCUCUCAAUGAGGAUUUGAGCAUUGGAAGAACUGGAUCUUCAUACAGCAUGUCAUUAGAUUUUCCUUUGACAACUAGCUUAGGCAAACUAUAAUCUGAAUGAUGUAUGGAUAUGACACAAGAAAUAUGUUUCUCUUCGUUUUCAUGAUGCUCUGUUCCUAUAACAUUGGAGACCAGUCUAUGAUAAGCUUAUAAUGUUUCACUCAUUCUGGAACUCAUAAUGUGAUGAGUUAUUCAAUGCAUACAUUUAAGCAGUUAUUACUUGUCACUAUACUUAUUUGCAUUCCAAAGUGUUUUUGCACAAGUGAUUCUUUUAACGAAACCUGAACCUACUCACCACUUUAACCUCACUUAUUUUUUAGCAUGCUAGCCUUUCUAUCUGCCUAGUUGUCAUGGAUAUAUUUCCGAAUGCUGAUCACAUACAAUAUUACAAAUUUUAA